GUACUGGCUUCAGAUGGAGAUUAGGAGGCUUGAUGUUUCCCUUGUCAAGUUGACAUGUGUGUUGCUACCACUGUCAUCCUCAUUUAUAGUGUUGAGUCUGGCUUCACUAAAUGCCAACUUCAACGAUAACAGGCGUAAUCUUUUAGCAAAUGGUCUUGGCAACACUCCUCCUAUGGGAUGGAAUAGUUGGAAUCACUUCAGCUGCAACAUUGAUGAGAAUGUCAUCAAGCAAACUGCCGAUGCUUUGGUUUCCACGGGUCUAUCCAAGCUUGGAUAUACCUAUGUUAACAUAGGUAGGUUGCAAUUAUGGUUGGAAGUUUCUCUUUCUGGAAAGGGUUUUUUUUCUUACCAUUAUUGCCAUAAAUUGCUAACAAUGGACAAUAAAAAAAUAUGUUUUUUCUUAGAUGAUUGCUGGGCUGAAAUAUAUAGAAAUGACAAGGGUGAAUUAUUGCCUAAGAAGUCAACAUUUCCUUCUGGUAUUAAAGUUCUGGCAGACUAUGUUCACAGCAAGGGGCUUAAGCUUGGCAUAUACUCAGAUGCAGGGUAUUUUACUUGCAGUAAAACUAUGCCUGGUUCACUCGGUCAUGAGGAACAAGAUGCGAAAACCUUUGCCUCAUGGGGUAUUGAUUAUUUAAAGUAUGACAAUUGUAACAAUGAUGGCACGAAACCGACUGUCAGAUAUCCUAUAAUGACCAGAGCUUUAAUGAAUACUGGCCGUCCUAUUUUCUUUUCACUAUGUGAAUGGGGAGACCUGCACCCUGCUCAGUGGGGUUUUAAUGUAGGAAAUAGCUGGAGAACAACUAAUGAUAUUACUGAUACAUGGGACAGCAUGAUGUCCAGAGCAGAUAUGAAUGAAGUAUUUGCUGAGCUUGCAAGGCCUGGUGGUUGGAAUGAUCCUGAUAUGCUAGAGGUGGGAAAUGGCGGGAUGACAAAGAAUGAAUAUAUAGUCCACUUCAGCAUGUGGGCCAUUUCCAAGGCUCCCCUCCUUCUUGGAUGUGAUGUUAGAAACAUGACAAAAGAUACCAUGGGAAUUGUGGCCAAUAAAGAGGUCAUUGCUGUCAACCAAGAUACACUAGGUGUUCAGGCAAAGAAGGUUAGAUCUGAAGGUGAUCAAGAGAUAUGGGCAGGACCGCUUUCAAACUACAGGGUGGCUUUACUCCUUGUAAACCGAGGUCCAAUACGUUAUUCUAUUACGGCCAACUGGGAUGACAUUGGAAUCCCUGAAAAAAGCGUCGUUGAAGCUAGAGAUCUUUGGGAGCACAAGACAUUAAAAACCAAAUUUAUGGGGAAUUUGACAGCCACUGUGGAAUCUCAUGGAUGCAAGAUGUAUAUGUUGAAACCAAUUGCUUAAGUGUUAACUUUGCUUACACGAUUUGCAUAGCAUGCAUGAUGCAAAUGGUGUCUUCUAGUUUGGUUGACUGAGGUCACAGCUAUGUGACACAAAUGGUACUAGACACUAAUAAUAAAUAAAAGGCCAAAGGACUGUUUCCAAGUUUCAA